CUCGAGUGGCCACCUGUGGGGACUGAGAUAGGGACGGGGGCGCAGGCGAUGGUGCCGGCGCUGCGCUACCUGGGGGGUGCCUGCGGACGGGCCCGCUGGGGUUUCCCCGGGGGCUUCCCCUGGAUGUGCGGGCCGGCGUUAGGGAGGCCCCGGCCGCAGUGCGGGGGUGGCCGCAGCGCCAGCACCAGCUCAUUUGAUGUAGUCAUUGUUGGUGGUGGAAUUGUGGGACUUGCCUCUGCCAGAGCCCUCAUUCUGCGACAUCCAGCACUUUCGAUUGGUGUUCUGGAAAAGGAGAAAGAUUUAGCUGUUCACCAGACUGGACAUAACAGUGGUGUCAUACAUAGUGGAAUUUAUUAUAAACCUGAAUCUCUGAAAGCUAAAUUAUGUGUACAAGGCGCAGCCCUCAUCUAUGAGUACUGUAACCAAAAGGGAAUUGCCUACAAGCAAUGUGGCAAGCUUAUAGUAGCUGUUGAACAAGAAGAAAUUCCCAGACUUCAGGCUCUAUAUGAGAGAGGCCUACAGAAUGGUGUCCAGGGCCUGAGGCUGAUCCAGCAGGAGGAUAUAAAAAAGAAGGAGCCGUAUUGUAGGGGUCUAAUGGCAAUUGAUUGUCCGUAUACUGGUAUUGUGGACUAUCAGCAGGUGGCUUUGUCAUUUGCCCAGGAUUUCCAAGAAGCAGGUGGCUCUGUCCUGACCAAUUUUGAAGUAAAGGAUAUUGAAAUGGCUAAAGAAAGCCCUUCAAGAAGUAAAGAUGGGAUGAAAUAUCCGAUUGUUAUAAAGAAUACAAAGGGAGAGGAAAUUCGAUGUCAGUAUGUAGUGACAUGUGCAGGACUCUACUCAGACCGUAUUUCAGAGUUGAGUGGCUGCAGUCCCAAUCCUCGAAUUGUGCCAUUCCGGGGAGAUUACCUGCUCUUGAAGCCAGAAAAGCGCUAUCUUGUAAAAGGAAAUAUUUAUCCGGUCCCAGAUAGCCGGUUUCCUUUCCUAGGAGUUCACUUCACACCAAGGAUGGAUGGCAAUAUUUGGCUAGGGCCUAAUGCAGUUCUUGCCUUUAAACGGGAAGGUUACAGACCCUUUGACUUCAGUGCUAGAGAUGUAAUGGAUGUAAUAAUCAAUAGUGGCUUGAUUAAACUGGUGUUUCAGAAUUUCUCCUAUGGUGUUAAUGAAAUGUAUAAAGCCUGUUUUCUCAGUGCAACAGUGAAGCACCUUCAAAAGUUCAUCCCUGAAAUUACUAUCAGUGACUUACUUAGUAAAUUAGAGAGUGUGAAAAUUAGGGUAAUUUGACCACAGACUGAAAAUUGUUUAUACUAAGCAAUUAUUGGUUUAUUCUUAAGAAUCAUUUUUAAAGAAAUACACACUUAAGUGAAAUAGUAUGCCAUCUGGGGUGCUUUAAUAAUAAUAGUAAAUAAUCCAGUGGAAAGAGGUGGAUGUUAGGUAGGGAUAUAGAUGAAACAAGACUGGCUGUGUAAAGAUAACUGUUGAAAUUAGGUAAUGCAUACAUGGUAGCUCAUUAUACUGUUUUUUCACUUUCUUACAUGUUUAAAAUUUUCCAUUAAAAAAAAAAGUGCUCCCAGGAUGGUAAUACACCUGGAGUACCUAAUAGAAACAAAUUUAAAAUCUCUGUGGAGGGACACACCCUCAACCCAACCCCUCACACUGGAUUCCCCCAGAUAAAGUCUUGCUAAACAAGAACUCACAAUCAGACAUUACAAACCACUAUAGGUGAGAGUCAGAAGAUAAAAUAGUGGAAUUAGACCUCUAACAACUAAAGGUAAUAGUAAUAUUAGAAACUAUAGAGAAAAUAUGCUUCAAUGAAUUAAAAACAAGGUAUUGAAAACAUGAAAAAAAUGACACACAAAAAAGACUAGACAAAAUUUGGAAAUCAGCUAAUUAGAAUUUUUAGAAAUGAAAACUAUGCUUUUUAAAUUUUAAAAAUCAAAUAACUAGGUUAAAUAGCUGGGUAGACCUAACUUACAUGGAAAACUGGUGAUUUGGAAGGUAAAUCUGGAGAAUUUAGAAAGCAGUACUGCAAGAUAAAGAUAAAUAGCACAGAAAUUAAAAGACGUGGAGAAGACGAUGAGAGGAUUCCAGCCUGUCUCUCAUAGGAGUUACAGUUCACUGUAGGAGAAAUUGAGAAAAGCCAAUACUCUGAAGAGAAGAGUAUGUAAGAAUUUUCCAGAAUUGACAAAAAGACUUCAAAUUUUGAAUGCUCAGUGAGUCUCAACUGAAUAAAUAAAACAAAAUACAAGUAAUGGAGUUUGGAUGUGUUGUCCCCUCCAAAACUCAUGUGGAAAUUUGAUCUCCAAUGUGGCAGUGUUGGAAACUGAUUGAGUCAUGGGGGUGGAUCCCUCAUGAAUGGAUUAAUGCUCUCCCUGGGCGAGGAGGGGUAGUGAGUGAGUUCUCGCUCUGUUAGUUCCUGCGAGAGCUGAUUGUUUAAAGGACCCUGGCACCUCCUCUCUUUCUAUCUCUCUCUUGCUUCCUCUCGCCAUGUGAUUUGCUUGUACCCACCGGCUGUCUGCCACUUUUCCACUGUGAGUAGAAGCAGACUGAGGCCCAUGCCAGAUGCAGCU